AUGAGUCAAUCUGGUUACGCGUGUUCUAUAGAGGAUCUCCCAGAUGUCACAUUCUCUACAAAUCUUAAGAUUACGAAAGAUAUUUACUGUCUCGGCCUUUUUAUAAAUAUCGCUGCUACAGGACCAUGCAGAUUAUACGUUACUGAUUUCACUACCAACCCACGAGUAUCUAAUCCUUUUUUUGAGAGCUAUUACAUCGAAGAAUUUGAAAUUCCCCCGGAGCAAAUAUUCCAAAUUGAUGUAUAUCAAGAGAAACUACAGGUUUUAAUUAAUGACUAUGAAAGACGAUACAAAGAGCCAUUAUUUGAACAAGAUGCAAGACCACCUUUCAGAAUUUCAGAUAAAAUGUGCAUCCUUAGGGCAACAGUUGUCUUAAAGAAGUUCAACAACGUCUUAGAGGGCAGAGCUAAAAGCAUACGUUUGAUAAAUAAAGAAGAAUUACUAGAUAAUGAGAAUUUACAGACGUUAUACGCCAACAUUUGCAAAUUACCAAAAGAAUAUUUGAAAGAAAAUUUGACCAGAGCCAGGAAUGUGAUUCCGGAAAGACAUUUAGGACCAAUUUUGCCUUCCUUUGAAAGGAGGAGUCCACGUAUUAAUGAACAUAGUGAAGUAAAUGUAAAAGUUGAUACUGAAUCAGUAAUACAUGAUUCACAACCACGAGAGACAUACGUAAAGACAGAAGAAGCAACAGAAAACAUGAUCCCUGAUACAUUAUUUCCGAAUGACUAUUCGAAUACGGCACAGCAAUCACUAGACGCUGAUACAUUUCAACAAGAAGAUGAAGCGGAACCUGAAAACGCAAACUCACAUCAUGCUACCUAUUUACAACAACCACACUCACAAAAGGCGUAUUAUUCAUUGAAACAACUUAAUGAUUAUCACAGUUACGGAAUUGAUAAUGAGGUAUAUAGGGUUAAGGGAAAAAUCCUUGGCUGUAAUCCGAGUGACUGGUCGCAGAUUUGCAUUAAGAAAUAUGAGCAUGAAGCAGAAAAGAAUAAGAUAGUUUUGAGCGAUCCUUAUAUCAGGAGUAUGGAAAUCAUAUUAUGUGAUCAAAUACCUUUAAACGGCCAGGAAGAAAUCUUAUUAGACUCUGAUAACUCAAUUACCAUUGUAUUAGACCAAGCGCAGGUUUCGCAAGCAUUAAAUAUUGAAGCUAUCGAGCUAGCUUAUACAAAAAUCCCUGACUUGAAUAAAAAGUCAUUUACUAAUGAAGUAGUUGAAUUUGAAUUAUAUAAGAAAUUGGUGAAUAUCAACACCAACAAUCAAUUUCUUAUUUGGACUGCUAGAAAUAUUUCAUUUGACGCCAUAAUGAAGUAA